AUGGCAAAAAUCGAGGACCAAUCAAAACGUUCUCUGGAAGACUGGGAGGCAAAGCUGGCCAAAUUGCAACAAUCCGUACUCUCCAUGCAAGAGCAACAUGACAAAGAAAUGAAUGCGCUAAAAGAAGAUCUCAAGAGCCGACACAGCCAACCAGAAUCACGUCCGGAACAAAAGACACCACAAUCCACACAACAAAAAUAUUCAGCAAAGAAAACAACAACAACACCAACAGAAUCGAUAAAGGACGUGCCUGUCGACUAUCAUGCCAUGUUGGCAACCUACGAAAGAACCACAUCAUCACCCUAUGCCUAUGUCUUUAUGAUGUGGGGCAUCAGUCCCAUCAAUGCAAAAGCGCUCGGCUGGAGGCCCUAUCUUGCCAAUAUGUUGAUCUCGGCCAAACUACUACGCGCCCAUGGUUCCACAGCCGAUAUGAUUGCCGUGUUUCGCAUGGAUACCAAUGUGAUUGAUAUGACCCUCCCAUUGUAUGAUGAAGAACUGCUGCGCUCCAUGAAUAUUUCCAUUCGCUAUUUGCCCCAGGAAACACCCGAUUUCAACACGCGAAGGGGCAGUUCCUUCUUUCACAAGUUUUACACCUUUGGCAUGACCGAAUACCGACGAAUUAUCUUUCUGGAUGGGGAUCUCCUGCCGUUGACCAAUUUGGAUUACAUGUUUGAACUCACCGAUGGACCCAAUGCCAUUCUCAAACCAAAUGUGAUACUAGCAGGCAUCAUGGAGCCUUGCAAUACUGGUUUCUUUGUUGUGGAACCCAGUAAAGAGGCAUACAAUCAAGUGCAGCACAUUAUUCGAUCCAACUGGGAAACAGCGGGCUACGAAAAGAAAUUUGACAUGGUGAAUGGCUGGGGACACCCCUUUCUGGAUGGAGAUCACUGGGAAGACAAUUUGAAACAAGGCGACCGGUGGGAAUUUUUGCAUUCCUGGUCGGACCAAGGACUCCAUUACCACAUGACAAAAUACGUGAUGCAAAAUGUCACACAAAUCCUGUCUCGGAAAAUUAUCCAUUUUGGGCGUGGCCCCGAUGGAUCCACCAUUGAAGAACAAGUGAUCCCAGUGACAUCACGAGGAAUGAGUCCUCUCAAAAAUUUCUCCAAAGUCCACUACCGCUUCUUUCCAUGGUUCUGCAAAAAAUGGACCGGAGCCAACGCAGCGGACAAGGACACUCCAUAUCCAGGAUGUGUUACUCCAUACUCGGAUUUUGAGCACUUUUCGGGGAAACGAAAAGUCUGGAAGAUUGACGUGCCAGCGGAUCUAUGGGUUCAUAUGCCCAAACAGCCACAAUCAUCCAUAUAUUUGUGGUACCAGGAAUUGUAUAGGCUCAAGAAAGAUGAUGGCUUGGACAUUCAACUUCUCCUUGAAGCUAUUGACCCAGAGUAUGAUUGGAACAAAGUCGUUCUUGCAGGACCUCCAGCAGUGGAGGAGGGUGCGUAA